UCUCAAGCCUGAGGACAACGGUACGAAUACCGAUACGAGUAACGGGAUCAAUAACGGGAUAGAUUAUGGGACAGCCACUUCCAAGGAGUCCAGAUUAAAGACUGAGGCGCUCAGGGUUAUGCGGAAGGCGAGAUCAUUCACACCCGCGACUGGUACGAAUAUUUUGCGCAGCAAACGUCCAGGAUUCGUACCCGCAGACGAAAAAGGGACUGAAAUUGCCCCAAAAUCAUCAUCGAGGGUGUUCGCCAAUGCCAGAGAUAUCCCAUUCAAGGAUUUUGAUCCGGUGCUGUUUGAGGCGAUUUGUUACUCGGUGGACAACUUCUCGGGACUCCACCGUCGACUUUAUCGGUUGGUGCACUACUUCCUGAAGCCCGCAUUCGGAGCCAAUCAGAUGAAAGAUUCUAAUAAUAGAGCUCUCGCAGCCAAUCAGAACCCCGAGUCUAAAAAAAAAAUCUCUCAAGCAUACCUUGUCUAAGAGAGGGGCACCUGCUAAAAAGGAUGAGAAAGCAAACGGUACCGAGAAACGGGCAGUUCCUAUGGAAGGGAGCUCUGAUGCAGAGGCCAAAGCGACUGCAACAACCAGCAGUGGUACAGAAGGUA